UUUACCAAUAAGCCUUAAUUCGAGAGUUUCUUCUUACCAAUAAUCCAAAGAGUCAUUUCUAUAUAAAUCACUCCCCUUUCCUAUACAUUAGAAUCCAACUCAAACUACAGAAUCUACUACUUUAGCAGGUAUCUUUUCUAUCUUAGUCAAAUGGCUUCAAGGAAGAUCAACCUGCAGGGUCUAGUCAUGGUCUUGGUAACCAUGCUUUGGGCGAGAACCAUGGCUCAAUCAUCAGAUUGUACCAGUGUGCUAAUCACCAUGGCUCCAUGCCUUAAUUAUGUGACUGGAAGCUCCCCCACUCCAUCUGCUUCAUGCUGCUCACAGCUUGCUAAUAUUGUUCAAUCACAGCCGCGGUGCCUUUGCAUGGCUCUCAAUGGCGGGGGUGCAUCACUGGGUGUGUCAAUUAACCAGACACUUGCUCUUGCACUCCCUGCUCUUUGCAGUGUCAAAACUCCACCUGUUAGCGGGUGCAAUGCCGCUGAUGGACCUGCAACUGCAAUAUCUCCUUCAGGCUCUCCAGCCGCUUCUCCUCAAAAUUUACCAGGUGGUUCAGAAGACACACCAAGCAGCUCAUCAACACCAGGUGGAUCAAAAACAGUUCCAGCUACUUCCAAUGGUGUUAUCAUGGAAAUGCCUGUUAAGCUCAUCCUGUUCUUUCUGCCCAUGGCUUUCUAUGCUUCAACUUAA